AUGUCGUUCGGUAGCGGAGGCUUUGCUGGCUUCGGCCAGAACAAUAAUAAUGCCCAGUCUGGUGGUUUCGGUGGAUUUGGGUCUAACAACAAUACUGCUCCAUCAGCUUUUGGACAAGCCACUUCUGGCGGGUUUGCACAAAACAACACUGCUGGAGGAGGCCUGUUCGGAGGAAACAGUGGUAAUACCGGUGGCGGAUUUGGAGCUUCGACUGGUGGUUUCGGAACCAAUACUGGUGGCGGCUUUGGAAGCAAACCUGCAUUUGGCACCAGCACUUCUGGUGGUCUUUUCGGUGGCAACACGAAUAAUACCAAUACAACAUCCGCCUUCGGAGGCUUUGGAGGCAACACCGCUGUUAACUCGACCACCUCGACAUUUGGUGGUGGCGGAGGUACAACUGGCGGCAUGUUUGGCGCGAAUAAAUCUGGCUUCGGUACAACGACCAACACUGGGAAUUCCCUGUUUGGCGGCGGUAACACAACCUCAGGUGGCUUCGGCACCACGAGCACUGGUUUCGCAACUGGUUCUGUAGGCGACCCGCCAGGCACCGCAUCAACACCGUUCAACGCAUAUACCGAGAAGGAGCCUAAUACCUCAACGACCAAUUCCUUCCAAAACAUUCUAUUUCAGGAACCUUAUAAGAAGUGGUCAUCAGAAGAGCUUCGAUUGGUGGACUACGCACAGGGACGUCGACAUGGGAAUGCCACGGGGGGCGGUGCUUUUGGCGUUAGCUCAGGCUUUGGGGGUUUCGGCUCUAACGCAAAUGCCAAUCAGACAACUAACGCCUUCGGCCAGACUAACACCAAUACAAACACUGGUGGUCUCUUCGGAAACAAUGCUGGCAACACUACCACAACAGGCACUGGAUUUGGAAGCGGCGGGUUUGGCGCAAAUGCCAACUCUACUAACACUGCUACUGGUGGCCUCUUUGGUGGUGGUAACAAGCCUGCUGGUGGUCUAUUUGGCAGUAGCAACGCCCAGACUCAGCAGAGUGGUGGUGGAGGUUUGUUCGGUGGUGGCGGAACAGGAGCAUUUGGUAGCUCGAACACCACUGGAGCUUUCGGGCAAACCAACACCAACAACGCUGGUGGUGGACUCUUCGGCAACACUGCCAAUAAGACUGGGGGAACCGGAUUCAGUUUCGGAAACACCAACAACGCGAAUACGAACACGGGAUCUGCAUUUGGGGCAAAUACAGCUGGAACCGCUUUUGGAUCUAACACAGCCAAUACUGGAGGAGGGCUAUUCGGGAACAAUGCUAGUAACACGCAGACGACCGGAGGAGGCCUUUUUGGUGGCCAGAACAACCAGCAACAAAAUACGGGAACGGGCUUUGGUGGUGGAUUCGGCCAGCAAAAUCAGAAUCAACAAGGUGGUGGUCUGUUUGGCAAUCAGCAAAAGCCUGCUGCUGGUGGCCUCUUUGGGAACAGCACAGCGACUGGAACAACCGGCGGGCUCUUUGGAGGCGGCAAUACACAACAGCAACAACAGAAUACCAGCGGUGGCCUCUUCGGGGCCACCAAUAAUGCAACAUCUGGAGGAGGUUUGUUCGGCGGCGGUAACAAACCAGCUACUGGCGGCGGUCUUUUUGGGGGAACCAGCACUGCCCAGCCGACGACAGGCGGAUCAUCGCUCUUUGGUGGCGGCAAUCAACAACAGCAGUCUACGGGCGGUGGCCUAUUUGGAGCCAGUACCAACCAGCAAAAGCCUGGUGGUCUUUUUGGUAGCUCUACCCAGACAGGAGGUCUCUUUGGUGGCCAGAAUAACCAAGCACAAGGCAGCUCCCUGUUCGGUGGGAGCACCAACCAGCAACAAAACCAGAAUGCCCUGGGCAAUUCCCUCCUGGGCAACACACAACAGAGCAUCAACGCUCCUCAAAGCUUGACUGCUAACCUAAGCGAUGUUUCGGCAUACGGAAGCCCGUCCUUGUUUGCUGGACUUGGUGGGAAUGACGUUGCCAAUCCUGGACCUCUCGCUACGCCUCUAAAUGGCAACUCGAAGCCGCGAAAGAGUUCCAUUCUCCCAAUGUACAAGCUGGCCCCAGCUACCGCUGCCUCGCGCUUUGCAACUCCCCAGAAGAGAGGAUUCGGAUUCUCGUACAGCUCUUAUGGCACACCCGGUGGCAGCCCCGCUAGCAGCAUUUCCAGCACGCCCGGUACCAUGGGCCGUAGCCUCCUUGGCGCAAGCUCUAGUGGCCCUCUAAGCAAGAGUAUCUCAGCGAGCAACCUCCGCCGUAGCUUCAAUACCGAGGACAGCAUCCUCGCUCCGGGCGCCUUUUCCUCCAGCUCCAGUGCUCGUUGGUAUGGCAGCACGGGCUCCAAGAAGCUUGUCAUCAAUCGAGAUAUUCGAAGUGAUUUGUUCUCUACCCCCCAGAAGGAUAAGACUGAAGUCAAUGGAAGUGCUCGCAAGCUGUCUAAGCGCGUGAGCUUUGAUACUGGCAAUGUCGAGUCGGAAGACGGAACUCCUGUCCGGAACGCUCUUCCUGCACCCGAGGACACCCCCAAGCCUGACGAGACUACUCCCCGUCAGAACAGAACUACUAAUGGCACGAACGGUUCCCAGACCCCGGAAAUGGAACAGGUCAAGGGCAACGAACUUGCUAUUGUGCACGAGGAAGAUAAUUCUGCCACCCCAGAAGCACGCACCCCAGUCGGGUUUGAGAAUGCGCCUGGCGAUUACUGGAUGAAGCCUACUCGAGAUGAGCUGCAAAACAUGAACAGAAUGCAGCGCCAGCGUGUGGACAACUUUACGGUUGGCCGUGAUAACGUUGGCUAUAUUAAAUUCAAGGUUCCGGUUGACAUCAGCAGCAUCGAGCUUGACGACUUGUGCGGUGGUAUCAUUCAAUUGGAGCCUCGGUCGGCCACCGUUUAUCCAGUCCAAGCUAAAAAGCCCCCUGUUGGCAAGGGUCUCAAUGUUCCCGCCCAGAUUUCUCUAGAACAGUCUUGGCCUCGCGGUGGCCGUGAUAAGAGAAUCACUAGCGAUCCCAAGCGAUUCAACAGGCACAUCGAGAGACUGAAGAGAAUCCCAGAUACCACUUUCGAGAGCUAUGAUAAGGACACAGGCGUCUGGACCUUUGGCGUCGAGCAUUUCACCACGUAUGGUCUGGACGACUCUGAUGAAGAAUCAGACGAGGAAAUGGUUCCUCCACCCGGUCUAGCCACACCACCUCAGCGCGUCUCCAACGACGCCGCUGCCAUGGAUGUUUUAACCCGUGAAGACGGCCGUCCGCAGUUCCGCCAGAACGCGGCCCUGCCAGGAGCAUUCGAUGAACAAGACGAUUUGUAUGAGCGUGAAAAUAUCGGUAAGCAGUCUUUUUUAGGGAUUAGCUCCGCGGAUUCGGCGCCCAAUGAUGUUAAACUUUCACUGGAGGAGGAUUACGCCAGUGAAAGGGGCGACGAAUAUGAUCUGUCCGAGGAUGAAGGUAUGACGAGGUCUUCCAUUGGACAGCAUCUUGCCGCGGAGCUCGACGAUACCUCGUCAGAGAAUGAACAGGAUGCCAAGAGGGGCACUCCCGGUGGCAUUCUUAGAGCUCGCAUGAGAGCCAUGAAGGAUCAAGUUGGGCCGGUGACUCUCGAAGUUGCCGAUGGCGAUGAUUGGAUGGAAAUGCUUAGGAAAACAGUCAGUCCUGUGAAGCGAGACCGUCAAAUGUUGAGGGAAAUGAAUGAUUCUCCCUCCAAGUUUGCCUUGGGGAUGGAUGGUGGAGACGACAACAUUGAACAAGACUUGCGCAAAUCGUCUAUUUGGGGGAAGAGCAUGUCAAAAACAGAGAGAACAAGUGGUCUCGCAAGCACGCAAAUGGCAGCGGACAAGGGACGUGGAUUCGCGACAAGCAUCGACUUGAUGAAUUCUCUGUUUGAGAAGCCCAAGCCAGUGCGACAAAACCUUCGCGCUUCUGUGCCAGCCAAAGGCUUUCCUCAGUGGCCCUACGAACGUCAAGACAAGAAUUUUUCCGUCGACAGUGAAGAAAAAGCAUAUCAUAACGCCCCUCGCCCAACUUGGGGUCUCGACGAGACGCUGGUAGUAACACGAUCGUUGGAUACAAUAACAUUCCGUCGAAGUUUCCGUGGCAAUUCGGAUCUUCUUCAAUUCCAACGAUCCGGAAUUCAAACAGAUAGGCAAGACAUUCGCCUCGCCAAGCUUUCCAUGGAGUCAUCCAAGAAAUUCCUUCGGGCUCAGGACAAAGUAACAGAAAUCAGAUUAGUUGGCGAAAUUCCAAUGGCUACGCUACGUGCGGGCAGUCUGCAAGACAUUUUUCACCACCAGGAGAUGAAUGACCCGGGACAUGUCAACGAGAAGCGUGUCUGGGAGCUGGCAAGCAUUUUGUUUGACGGUGUCGCAAACUCUGGCGAGCCCGGUUCCGACCACAUGUCAAGAAAACAGAAGUUGUCACAAUUUUGGACUGAGCUUGUGGAACAAGCAUCGAGCACUAAUGUUGGUCUUGCUGGUUCUAGUGAAGAGAAGGCCGUAGCAAGCCUGGCGGGUCACCGUAUCACCGAGGCGUGCAAAUUCUUGCUCGAUGGUAAGAAUUUCCGCUUGGCAACUCUGGUCCCUCUGAUCGGCACGAGCGACGUGGCGAAGAAGGACAUCCGUGAACAGCUCAAGGCUUGGCAUGAUUCGAAAAUGCUCUCAGAGUUUUCAGAGGCAAUUCGCACUGUCUACGAGCUACUAAGCGGCAACGUGUGUGUUUGUGAAGGGGUAAAAAAUGUUCCUGUUGAGGAUCGAAUGGAAUCGUUUGUUAUUUCGAAGAAGUUUGGCUUGGACUGGAGACAGGCGUUUGGCCUUCGUCUGUGGUACGCCAUUUCCCAGCAGGAUAGUCCCGCGCUGGCCGUUUUAAAGUUCAAGGACGACAUCAACCAAGACAAGGAGGAACUUCCACGGCCAUGGUACUACGAACAAGGACUGAAACCUGUAUGGAAUGAUGCGGAAGAAGGGACCAGGCAGGACCUUCUAUGGGGCCUCCUUCAGCUGUAUGCCGAUAAGAACGUCGACCUUGAGGCCAUCUUGCGGCCAGAAAACUCGCAACUCUCUCCGCUCAAUAUGAGACUGUCCUGGCAACUUGGACAGGCGUUGCUUUCCACCGGCCAGGUGUCGUUUGGCAAGAACGGAGAUGAAAAGGCGGAUGCUUCCACAAUUGCAUAUGCCUCUCAGCUGACGGCGGCGGGUGAGUGGUUGGAGGCAGUCUUUGUCUUGUUGCACCUCAACAACUCAAGCGUCCGUGUGAAGGCAAUUCGGGAACAUUUAUGUCGACAUGCUGGCAUGAUUGGCCCCGACACUGGUGCGACCUUUACAUUGCUGACGGAAAAGUUUCGAAUUCCCGCAUCCUGGCUAUGGGAAGCGCUCGCGUUGUACAUGCGCAGUGUCAAGAAGGAUGCUUCAGCCGAGGUGCAUUGCCUCCUCCGUGCCGGGGAGUUUGGUGAAGCCCACCGGGUCCUGGUACAACAAGUUGCUCCCCAAGCUGUUAUUGAACGAGACUACGCUUCACUCUCGUCCCUGCUGUCACAAUUCCAGGGCCAAGCUGAGUCCAUCCCGGAGUGGACCCAAGGUGGCGAGAUAUAUGGCUAUUUCUUGAGUCUCGUGCAGCACCGUGGCAAGGGCGAGAGCCCCCCUCAUACAUUGCUUGAAAAGUUGAUGGCAGGAUUGAACGUGAUGAACGAGCAUGUGGGAGAGACGGAAGUCUUGCGAUAUGCUGCAGUGUCUGACAUGGCAGACGAUACAGCACGGGAAAUACUGAAGUUGGCCAAGAAGAAACAGCCCAAGAACUGGCCCGACCACCUCCCCUACCUCAAAUGCCCGCUCCACGCCAAAGACCUAGCACCAAACCAAGUCCAGGCCCUGUGCGCGAAGCCGGCCUCUUUGCCCUCCCUCCCCGCUUCAUCAACCCUCACGCCCUCCCCCAACGUCAAGAUACAGUCGAUUCGUGAUGCGUCACACCCCGCCAACGGCCAGUUCGGCCUCUUUGCGGCCCAGAACCUCAAACCGGGGGCAUUUAUACUCGCGUACCUGGGCAGAGUACACAGCGGAGCCAAGUCAUCAGAGGAGAGCGACUACGAUCUGUGGCUGGAUAAAGAGGCGGACGUUGCGGUAGAUGCCGCGGCGGAAGGGAACGAGGGCCGGUUCGUGAACGACUACAGGGGCGUGAGGGACAGGGCGAAUGCCGUUUUUGGGACGGGCUGGUGUGAGAGAUGGGGCCAGGUUUGCGUUGGCGUUUGGGUCUGUGGGAAGGACGGCGGCGGCAAGGGCAAGGGGAAGAAGGACGGGGGGAUACGGAAGGGGGAGGAGAUUUUGGUGAGCUAUGGGAAGGGGUUCUGGGAGGAGAGGAAUCAUGGCGCGUAG